CGUCGCGCUCGACGCGCGAUGCGCCGACGCGCGCCGCGCGCGAUCCGCGACGUCAUCGCGCGUCGACGCGCGCACACGGAGGCGUGCGUGUACGCCGAGCGCGGCGCGCCGGGGGAGGUCCUGCGCGUGGCGUCGAUACCGUUGCCGGACGAACUGGGCGAGGACGACGUGCGCGUGCGCGUCCUCGCCGCGCCGGUGAACCCGUCGGACGUGAACAUGAUCGAGGGUAAGUACCCGGUCGCGCGCGAGCUGCCGGCGUGCGGAGGGAACGAGAUGGUGGGGGAGGUGACGGCGUGCGGGACGAGGGCGCUGGCGAGGGGCGCGCGAACGGGCGACAGAGUGGUGCCGAAUCGAUCGUACGCGCUGGGAACGUGGCGACGAGAGGUGGUGGCGAACGCGAACGCGUUUGAUGUGAUCGAUCGGGACGUGCCCGUGCACGAGGCGGCGAUGAUGACGGUGAAUCCGUGCACGGCGCUGCGGCUGUUGGUCGAUAACGACGCGCGAGAGGGGGAUACGAUCGUCGUGAACGCCGCGACUUCGGGGGUUGGACGGGCGUUAUUGCAGCUCGCACGCGCGAGGGGUAUUAGAACGAUAGCUAUGUGUCGGCCGAGAUCGAGCGAGACGGCGACGGAGGAGGUUUUUGAAUCGUUGCGCGCCGACGGCGCCGACGUCGUGAUACCAGACGUCGAGGGUAAAUUCCUCCGACUCGACGCGAAAACGCGCGAACUCGCGACGAGGGCGCGGUUUGGGUUUAACGCCGUGAGUGGAUAUAGCGCGCAAACCAUGCUUAGACUGCUUCAGCCGAACGCAUCGUCCGUCAUGGUUACCUACGGCGGCAUGUCCAAGCAACCGCUCGUCGUUCCCACCGGCGCCUUCAUCUUCAAAGACAUCACCCUCAAAGGCUUCUGGCUCACCCGCUGGCUCGAGCACGACGAAAACACCACUCAAGGCGCCGGUCGCCGCGACAUGCUCGCCCAAAUCUCGCGAGAGAUUCACGACGGCGCGCUCCGCACGCCCUCGUCCCGUCUCCGCGACGUCCCCCUGCGCGGUCUUCCCGAGGCCCUUCGCCUCGACGCCGCCGCCGACCUCGACCCCUCGGCCUCGAUCGGCCGUUUAAAAAUUCUCGUUCGUUGUUAACGACGCACUUUU